CGCGGACGCGCUGAUCCCGCACACGGCCAAAAGCGGCAAAGCCGAGUGCGUGUCUUCCAGUCAAUGUGCUUGCAGCACGCGGUGCACGUUCGGGAGCCAAAAGGUGCACCGAUUCAUCGCAGAGCGAACCCCCAGCAGCCAAGCGGAGGAUGCCGUCUCGCCGCUCCGUGCUUGCGGAGUGCGGGUAGUGCACGCCUCGCAGCCUCGCAGCCUCGCAGCCUCGCAGCCUCGCAGCCUCGGGACCAGGACCGGACCGGAACCGGGAACACGUCGCUCCUGUGCUUUGACAGGAGCGCCGUUGAUGGUGGACUUCGCAUCAAGACGGACGACUUGCUUUGCGCCUGCACUGCAAUUAAUGGCGCUUUUAUGGACAAUAAAAAUAAAUUAAAAGAAAAACAAAUCAUCGACGCUACAAAGACCUCAAUGGGACUUUUUCUUGAUGCCAUUAUGGGACUUUACACAGAAAAGGAGCAGUGGGCCCUUUGACACCUGAUUGGAAUAAUUAAUUAUAGGGCCGAAUUGAUCAUUUCUGCAUUUUCUUUUCUUUUCUUGUGUGCGGUGUGCUCGAGACAUGUAUUUGUGCCGUGACGACGCCGUAAUGCGCACACGAAACUUUGGUGGAUCUUUAGACAGCAGGCAGCAAGGUAAAUAAGACUACAGUAUUAUCAAUACAUUUGCUUGAUCAAACGGCAUAAAGUGCAGGUACAAGAACAGCUGGGAUGCUUGCAAACAUACUUAGACAGCCUUGCCGCUUCUUCUAAGAAAUAAAAAGAGAACUUUCUUGAUUUGAUCAGACUUUUAAAGCCAAUUGAAUUGUAGUUUUGCAUUGCUUUUGGGAACAGACUGCUUAACAGUCUGCCCAAUGACUAUCAAUUUUACUAUCAUCAGAGUAGCAUGUUUGGGCUGGAAAAGUUUGGUUCUCAGAUUAAUAGCAGAAACCCCGGGCAGUCAGAGAGACAGAAAAACCACCCGAGACUAGAUAUGGGCUCCCAUUAUAAAAGUGCCAGUUUUCACGCUGGAGGACCGCCGGGAGCUGUGGAGCCCAGCAUGGGCCCAAUGAGUGACCCGCAGAUGCUCGGACUCAACAUGAACAUGAACGGAGAACAGUAUGGAGGUUUUCACUCCCGGGGUCACUCCGACAUGCAUGCGAGCGGCGGACUUCAGCAGCAGCAGCAAGGACCCAUGCAUGGAUUUUUUAACAACCAGCAACCUCAUCAAGGACAUCCUCACGGCCAUCAACCUCACCCCCACCAACAUCAUCCUCACUUCGGUGGGAAUUUCGGAGGCCCGGAGCCAGGGUCAUCGUGCCUGCAUGGUGCCAGGCUAAUGGGCUACAAUAACAAUGCCAUGGGACCACAGCAGGGCUUUGGAGAGGGAUUUGAUCCUCUCGCUGAGGGACAGGCGGGGGAUGGCUUCCCCCAGCAGCAACAGCGGCCCGGUAACAUGCCUGACUUCCAACAUCACGGUCCUCCCGGCGGCAGCCACGCUGUUCCUGCCCCCUGCCUUCCCCUGGACCAGUCACCGAACAGGGCAGCCUCGUUCCACGGUCUGCCUUCAUCCUCCUCGUCCUCCUCCGAUUCUCAUAGCCUGGAGAAUAGACGCCUGCACAACCAGGGAGCUGUGGAGGGAUUAGAUUAUAACUUCCCCGGUGAUCCCCCAUCUGGACAUUUCGAUGUACCUGUGUUUUCGCCAUCUGAGUCCGAAUCUCAGUUACCCCAUUUUGGCCCAGGAAGGCCAGCUCCCAGUGGGAAUUUUCCAGGAAACCCUGGCAUGCCUCGGACGCCGGGCAUGCAGGGCAUCUCCAAGGGACACCAACCUCCACCGCCCCAGCAGCCGCAACAUGAAAUCUUUUUUGAGCGUUUUGGAAACGGCAGGAAGGUGCCCGUGGGAAUGGACCCGGGGGUCAAUGCGAGACAUCCUCUCAUGCAACAGCAACAACAGGCUGGCUUGAUAGCUAGACAGAACUCAUGCCCCCCUGGCCUCCCCCGACCCCCUCAGGCGGAGUCUGGCUCCACUAACCCGAGCAUUCUGGACGGAGGGGUCAUGAUGAGUGGCCAACACAAUCAGUUUGAAUAUCCCAUUCACAGACUGGAAAAUAGGGGUCUGCACCCCUAUGGGGACCCUAUGUUUAAUAUGCAACAGCCAGCUCCCCUUCCCUCCCAACAGCCCCCAAAUCAGAGACUACAACACUUUGAUGCUCCUUAUAUCAACAUGGCAAAAAGGCCUAGAUUUGACUUUCCGAACGCGCAUGGAGGCGAAGGCUGGUGUGGCGGCAUGGAAAAUCACCUCUCCCCCUCUUCCUACCCAGGACUGCCAGGCGAAUUCACCCCACCUGUGAAUGAAGGUUUCCCACCUGGUGCACUGCAGCACACAGGGCCUGAGCAGCAGUCUUUACAGCAGCGGCAGAAUGCAGCCAUGAUGAUAAAGCAAAUGGCUUCUCGCAACCAGCAGCAGAGAAUGAGGCAGCCCAGUCUGCAGCAACUCGGUCACCACGGUGAUGUGCCUCCGGGCCCACUCGGUCAUGGAGGCCCAGUGGGGGGCAUGCCUCAGCCCAACUUUGACAGGGAAAAUGGAGGUAGAAUGGCCAAUGUUGAUGGACAAAACCCGCAUGUAAACCAGGAGAACUCCUGGUUCCAUGGGUCCCAGCCUCCUGGGGAGAUGAUGUCGCGGCGUAUGGGAGGAGCAGGCAAUGACUCAGGGCCCCAUGACAUGGGUCUCCAGCAGAAUGGGGCUGGUAUGAUGUUUAGGCCAGGUAUGGGCAUGCAGGAACCCAUGAGAAUACCUGGAGAUGGACAUGUACAGGCUCUCCAUUCUCCAGGCUUGCACUCACAGUUCAGCAGUAACAUGGGAAACCUCUCACAAAUGCAGUCUCCAGGAGCAGGCGGAGGAGCUGGACAUCCGAAUGCACCAGCAGAGAGGCGAGCACCUGAAUUCCCAGCACCUCCAAUAGGAGCACAACCACCAUUCCCCUAUGGAGGGGCAAACCGUCAGGGGCCAGCUCACAAUGUACCCCAGGGGGUGAACACCUCACCAGGGAGCUACCCUCCUCAGUCUGAGUUCCCCUCAGGCCAGCGGUCGUCUGUUAGCAAGCUUGGUGCUCUGUCCCUUGGGAAUUUUAACAAAACCAGUGCUAAAGACAGUGUUUUUGGCCAGAGCUGCCUGGCGGCCCUUUCUACGGCGUGCCAGAACAUGAUUGCAAGCCUAGGGGCUCCCAACCUCAACGUAACAUUCAACAAGAAGAACCAAAAUGAGGGCAAGCGAAAACUGAGUCAGACAGAGCAGGACAUUAAUAGCAGCACAUCUAACGGGACUGGCAGUGCUGGGCCUGAAUAUUUUCAGAGCAGCACUUCUCAGAACAACCAGCUGCCCGGCACUGGGAAUAGCAACGCUAAGCCUGCAAGUCAAAACCAGACGGUGCAGGGGGAAGCCAGUGCCCUCUCCCCAAAUUACAACAUGGACGCUACCCCGUGCAGUGAGGGGAAGGCAACAACAGGGAGUGGGAGAGGGAGAGGGAGGAGAAAAAGAGACAGUGGACAUGUGAGCCCUGGAAUUUUUUUUUCCUCUGAAAAUGGAAACCCUGUUGUGAGUCCAGGCCAGCAAACCCCUUCAGCUGGUGUUGGGGAGAGGGGGGGCGGGGGCACGCCCCAUGAGAAACACCUGCACUCACCCUCUUGGGGGAAAGGAGGCGACCUGUUGUUGGGGGAACAGGCUGACCUGAUGUCUUCUCUGGACAGCGGCAUUCAAAGUGUCGCCAAGUCUGACAGCAGCUCGCCCCGUGUCGACUUUCCUGAUGAUGUCAGCGCCCACUUUGGCAAUGAGGAUGAGGUGUCCUCCAGCUCAGAUGCAGGAGGCUCCUCAGCCAAUAAGCCUAAUCGCAGUCCCAUGAUCAAUGGCUCACCCAAAAUGCAAAUAAAUGGACAGAAAGCCUUAGUCAUAGGCAUUAACAAUCAUACUACCUCGACACCAGACAGCUACGGACUGAGUGCUGGUGGAGCAACGGGCGGAAGUGGGGUGAGCCAUCCGGGGACACCCGGGGUGGAGCAGGUACGCUCCCCGUCCAGCACCUCCGGUCAGGACGAAAUCCACCCUCUGGAGAUUCUACAGGCCCAGAUCCAGCUGCAAAGACAGCAGUUCAGCAUCUCUGAAGACCAGCCUCUGGCCAUGAAAAAUGGCAAAAAGAAUGGCGAGUGUCCGUCUCAGAACAGAGACAACGAGCUGGCAAGCUGCAGCCCUGAUACUGGGAAGGGUUCAAUGGGCACUAUUGACCUUGACACACUAAUGGCAGAGCAGCACGCCACCUGGUACGUGCCCAGUGACAAGGCCAUGAUGGACGGGUCCGAGGAUGACAAGUCCAUGGGACUCUGGGAAAAAAACAAGAGCCAAAACAACAGCAAAGAAGAAUCUGAGCUGUCCCAGAGUAAGGCUGGAGUCGGGGCCCCUGGGGCCCCUGGGGCCGGCGGUGGCGGCGGCGGCGGAGGAGGAGGGAACCACCUUCAGUGCCUGUCCGUCCACUGCACAGAUGAGCUGGGGGACACUAAGGGCAGAGGAGGGCCCGUCUCUUCUUGGCGCUCACUCCACUCUGAUAUUUCCAACCGAUUUGGGACAUUUGUGGCGGCACUGACUUGAAUCAAAAAGCUGUCCCACCGCAAAAGAAGAGGACAAACUGAGAAGACCAGAGACAAAUGACAAAGAAUGACAACGAUGAUAAGACGUGGAAAGUGCAGGCCCCUCUUGCCUGUUCAGGGAGAGAAUGACUUUCGCAUAUAAAUGCAAACCAUACACACAAACGCACACACACGCACACACACACACACACACACACACACACGCACACACACGCACACACACACACGCACCAUGUUAUUGUCAAACACAUGCAGUCACUCGCUCGGACACUGCUGGACUCGAUUCAACAAUGCCCAAUCUGGAAAACCUCAAAUCAAAUGUAUAUUUUUUUUCUUUGCUUUUUGUUUGUUUUGUUUUGUUUUGUUUUGAAAAAAAGUAUAAACUUGUCAAACGAUGAUUAUGAGAUAGCAAAAGCAGAUAUAUUCAGUUGCCACUGGCUGUAAUUGUGUAGCAGUGUUGACACACGUGAUGUACUUGGCAGGCUGAGGAUUUUUUUAUGAUGUUAGUAGAUAUGGCCUUUCUGCUCACCUCACUUACACAUAAAGCUCUAAUGUAAAUAUAGAUUAACCCAUUGUAAGCAACUGUUGACCCAAAACGUUCAUCUGACUUGGUCAUAUUUUGAUCAUUUUUGUCCGUCUCAAAUGAGCGAACGACUUCAUUUGAAGUGGAAUGAAUACUUCAGAAGCAUAACAGAAGACCAGAUGAAUAUGCAUGAAUGUAUUUUUUUCUUUUUUUCAAAUACAACUAUUUGCCUCCAUGUCCUGGCAACUUUUUACCUGUAUCAUUGCUGCUGUUCAUUUGUGUUGUAAGAAACCUCUCCACACAUAUUCAUGAGCUCAACCUUGUAUACAAUUCAGCCAAUGGGAACUGAAAUGGCGGCAUUUGCAUUGUUUUAAUAAGGGAAUUGAAAAAAUGGCUAUUGGUAUUGCACAUGUAUAAUAAGAUAAAAAAAAAUGCUGUGUGUUGGGCAAUCUUGUAAUCUUUAAAUAAAGCUUCUGUUGAAUUUGAAUUUCUGAAACAAUAGAUGGAGGACUGUGACAGCAAUUUAUGAACUGAUUUUUUGUUUACUUUUUAAAAGAUAAGUAAAGUGCAGUCGUCUGUUUUCCUGCAUAUUGUAUAUAUCUGUAUAUGUUUUAUUGAGUAACUAAAUAACAAUAAAUAUGACGUUAAAGGUG